AUGGCUUCUCACCUCGGCCAAACAGCAGCAGCAACUGCAGCAGAUGCAGCCACUGCAGCAGCUGCAUGUGCUGCUGUGGUUGCUGCAGUUCCUCGUGUGCGAAUAUCGCGAGAGGAGUUUUGGGCGAUGGAAGGCCCUGUUAUUGGUACUCAUGAUGGACGGUAUCAUUUGGACGAGAUAUUGGCGUGUACGAUGUUACUAUCUUUAAAGGAAUUUAAGAAUAGUCGCAUUUGCCGAUCAAGGGACAACAACGAUCUAGAAAAAUGCAGCAUUUUAGUUGAUGUUGGCGGCGAAUAUAACCUCAAAAAUAACCAUUUUGACCAUCAUCAACGAUCUUUCCAACAGUACUUUGAUUUCGACAGAUUCGCAAGCAGUGGAUCCCAGCGGGGUUGGAAUGGAAAUGGGGAUCGAGAUGGGUCCCAGAACGCAGAGGAGAGCUGCAAGCGGAUGAAGAGGAAGCCAGUGACGAAGUUGAGUAGUGCAGGAUUAAUAUUUCUUCAUUAUGGAGAAAGAAUCCUUAAGGAAAGAUAUGGGGUUGAGGAUCCAGAAUCGGUGCGUCUAUUGAUGUAUGGAGUGUAUGUACACCUGCUGGAAGCAGUAGACGCAAACGAUAACGGUGUUAGCAUUUGUCCCUCUUCUGCUCCUUUAUAUAAAGAAACAACGACCUUGGCAUCAAGGAUAGGUGCCCUUUAUCCUUCAGUGGAUAGAGGGGAAGUGGACGCAGAUGUUAUGGAUGCUGCUUCUGCAUGGGAAUAUCAAUUAUAUGCCUUAGAGGAGGCGUGGAAGCAGGAAGAAAAGGGGGCAGCAGCGUUUGCUGCAGCAGCAGCAGCAAAGGGACAAGGAUGGAUCCCUCCUUGUGCCUUUUUAAGUAUACCAAUAAUAGGGGGAGAUGCAGAGACCCUGUGGGGUUUUAAGAAGGGACUGAAGAUGGCAGAUGAGGCAUUUAGAGACACUGUUUUGUACUUAAGAGACACUUGGCUCCCUUCUAGAUUUACUUUAAAAGAUGCAUUGUUAGACAACAAAGCAGAGAAGAAAUUCAAAGAUGAGGUCAUAGAGUUGAAUCAUUGGAUGCCUAUUGAGGAUCAUUUGUACGACCUUGAGAGGGAGCUUGAUAUGGUUGAUUGUUUCAAGUUUGUGUUAUAUCCAACUACUAAAAGAGACGAGGGAAAGAAUAGUAUUACUACUUGGAGUGUACGUUGUAUCCCUGAAGAACGAGACAAGUUUAAAAGUAGAUUGCCGCUAAAGAAAGAAUGGAGGGGAAUGAGAGACCUCGAGUUAGGACAGGCAGUCUUGCAGCAGCAGCAACAGCAGCAAAAAGCAGUAGCAGCAGCAAGCAGCAGCACCAUCAACAACAACGAAAGCAGCGGGGGUGGUGAUGCUGGUUUAACGCCCGAUGAUUUUGUCUUCUGCCACGCCACAGGAUUCCUUGGCAUUGCAAAGACACGAGCUGCUGCAUAUGAGAUGAUCCGACAGACUGUAGAGGAGUGGCGGAAAGGCGAAGAAACAGCAGCAGCAGCAACUACUAGCAGCGCCUAG